AUGUCAGAGACAGCUGUGGACGCAAGUGUGGAGAAGACUACCAAGGUAAGGGUGUUUUUUGUGUUGCAAAGAGCAUCUUUGCGCGGGCAGCCUGGCAGUGCCUGUCUCCUUUUGUCUGCUAAUAUUUUGUUGAUUAUUAGAACUUGACCUCAAGAUUCUGUACCUGAUGUUUUAUCCAUCUCAGUGAUACUUUUACUUAGUUUCCGUUCUCGGGUGAGACAGUGUGACUGUUCCAUUCUAUUAGCGGCGAUUCUACGGGCUCUGCUUCAAAUAGAACCUUGAUGGAAGUUUACCUCCUGGAUGGAUCUGGGUCCCCCAAUGGUUUAGUUGUGAGAAGAGUAUAGAGUAGCAAAAUCCAGUAGUCAGCAAGCAGGUCUGUUAAUGAUUAUGGUAGGUGUCCUGGUUCUUGAGAUUAAAGGUAUCAGGGGCUUUGCUUAGCGGCUGCUGUUCUUUGUGCAGCUGGAUGAGUAUUCGCGCCGGUUUGUUACUGGGGGCUCUUGAAUCUCUUCUCGGUGAAUAAUCGAGGUCAAUCUAUGUCUAAUAAGACCCUUUAGGAUGGGGUGACAGGGAGUCGUGUUGUUGGAGUGCCCACGCACGCCUUUGGUUUGCAGGGGAUACCCCGUAUUCGGAGCUGUCUUAGCUAGUGAUGUGCUGCUGAUGCGGAUACACUGUGGUACCUGCUUGUGUCUUUGUAUCCACUGUUACUGUGUUGUAUCGCGCGAUCCUGUCACUAAGCAAGACACCCUGCUGGUUUAACGAGGCUCCGGCUUGACCUGCGAUAUCUAUCGUAUCCCACAGUAUCUCCUUAUGAUCUUACUCGUUUACCUGCUCUCUAGAAUUAAAUGGGGAUCAGACAUACCUCUAUUCCGAUAAUUUGUUGCCUGGCACUCAACAUGGGACCAUGUCCCUGCUCUCCUGGCAUUGGAAACGAGGUCAGACCGCCCCCCCAUCACUCGCUGCUGACUGGCAUGAUUGACUGUGUUAGAUCACCCCAACCCCCUCCCUGAUUGGCAUUAUAGAUGUUCAUUACAUUGUGUAUAAAAAGGCCUUUACCUUAUGCAUUAAGUUCGAGAGCCGCUGUGCGUUAGACAGGACCUAGUCUCUUCAUAUUGACUCCAGAAGUCAGCCCCCUCUAUUCCUUCAAUGCAGCCUAGCAUGGAGUUGACAGCUCCUCACUCCUGGUAUCACUUGCCCUGUAAUGAUCUAAGCCGGUUUUAGGGAACGUUGUUUGUCCCAUUUCACAUUGUUGAGGAUAGGAUGUGCGUAUUUAAUAGCUCUUAAGCAUUACGAUUACUGUCAAAACGAUUACAAUCUCUUCGUUAAUUGUAUCUUAAUGGGAAUGCUAUAUUGAACAAGCUCUCACCUAUUAUAACGCCCCUACAUCGAGCUUUAAUUACAUUUCGGGAUAUUAAGUGUCACUGUCAGGUCUCCUCUGUAUUCAUAAAACAAUGUUGAUCGCCCUCUCACCUGUCAGUGUCCUUAGAUAGCAGAAACCCACCAAAGGUCAGCUAAGCUUCAUUCAGAUUCCCGUACCAGCCUUUCAUAUACUGUAAUGUGUAUCAUGUAACCCUGUCCUAGUCUAUAUACGGACUGGGCGUACUGAAAACACUGUUUUAAUAAAGGGGAUAGUAGCGGUGUGUGGUUGUAAGGAGGGCUCCCGCUUGUGCGACCUAUGAAGCUAUUCUGCACCCUGCUUUAAUGUGCGAUAUGAUUUUACCAACUUGCUGGGCAGGUUUCUGAAUUGGCGAGCCCCCUGCCAAUACCGCAGGGGUUCAUUAAGAGCCCCCGGCUAGUUCUGCAGAGGUUAAUAGCGAGCCCCCGGCUGCCGGGAGUUCGGUAUGACAGAGGGUGCUCUGCCACUUGUUUGUGCCCUGCAGUUCCCCACCACGUCCGCCGGCUGCAGCCCCGAGGGGAGCCGAGGCUCUAUGGGGAGUUUGGGGAGGGGACAGAUGGUAACCGGAUUAAGGCUUUAAAGACAGAGCCUUUAAUUAGGAAGUGGGGGAGGGUUAAUUACUGCCUCCACUGAUGGCAGUCUACCUGUGGGAGCUAAUCGCGCGGUGUGCCCGCCCCGCCGUGUGUGCAGAUAGCGGAGGGAGCGCCUCUAUCUCCCGCUCACACAAUGACAAGGUGACGGACAGCAGCUCACUCCGAGCUCGUCUCCCUCGCUCUCCUUAUUGCAUGUCGCCACCCCAUAACACGAAACCAUGCGCGUCACUCGCUAGGAGCUGUCGCGCUGGCCUAUGGGAGUUGUAGUCUGCCCGACCUUCUUUCACCGGGCGUGUCUGCUUUGGGGAAAAGGGGAAGUGUACGAUGCCUGCUCUACAAAUCCCUUGAGCCUCCGCGCGGCACGUGGGCUGGAAUACGGCGAAGGCGUCCAAUCAGCAACCCGGACAGCUUUAUAUGGGAGUGGGCGUGUUUGUGUGCUGUGAACUGACCAACGGGAGGCCGAUAUAAUUGGCGCCAGAUUUAAAAUAGUUUCUGAAGCGUGCCUCUUCCAGACACUUAUUUGUUUUUAAUUAGUGACAGAUGUUCUAUGUAUCUGCUCUGAUUUGUGUGUGUGUUUGCGUAUAAAUAAAAAGCUUUUGCAGAGCAGCUAAUGUUUAAACUGUGAAUAAAAGUGCAGGAUAUCUUAAUAUUUUCCAGUCUCUACACCUUUUAUUAAUAGUUUAAAGCAAUUAUAUGCUAAACUAGACAUUAACUGGGUUAUUAAUUGAUGGCAUAAUGUUUAAGAUUUGAAUUAUUAAAUUUGAAAAAAGUUAUUAAUUUAAAAUAGUUAUUAAUCAUGUAUUUAAUUACUCAGACACCUGCUAUUGUGGAGUCUGUCUCCACAAAUUACCAAGUUGUUUAUGUAGCAAACAUUCCUGUGUUUAUAUCCAUUUGGCACAUGUAAUAAUAAAAAAAUUAAAGUGUACUAAAUUACCCACGUGUAUAAGCCAAUGUUUUAUGGCUUGAUAAUAUAUUCAUGUUUUUUGUUAGCACAUGCCAUAUUACUCAGUGAAGUGUAAAAAACUAUUUUAUCAUUAACCAAUUGGCCUUUAUCUUUGGUUGUAGUUGCCUCCCAGUUAGAUAACGAUACUAUUACCUUUCAGUAGCACUAAAAUGCACAUACACAAGAUUAAAUAAACUGAUCGACUGCUGACCAAAGCAUAUUAUUACAUAUAUACACACGCACAUUAACCUUUAAGUUGCUUAAACUGGAAAGCUGCUCUUGGGUUUCUUAAUUGAUAAAUACAGGACAUACUUAAAAAUUGGAGAAAUCUCAAUGUAUCUUUCCUUGUAAAAUAUUUUAUAAAUAAUAUAUUUUUUUUCAUGUCAAAUGGUUUUCUGAACUGAACAGUGAAGUGGCGUCUAAUGCUUAAAAUUUCAGCUAAAUCUGUGUGUGUGUGUGUGUGUGUGUGUGUGUAAAAAAAUAAAAAAAAUAAAUAAAUAUAUAUAUAUAUAUAUAUAUAUAUAUAUAUAUAUAUAUAUAUAUAUAUAUAUAUAUAUAUAUAUAUAUAUAUAUAUAUAUAUAUACACACACACUCCUGUCAUUUCAGCUAGAAUUACUACAGAAUACCAACAAAUUACCUUCCCUUGGUGUUUAUAGUUGGAUGUCCAUAAUUAUUUUAAGUGAUCACUUCGUAGGCUAUUUAUAGCAUUUAAUGAUUUGGCAGAUUUUUUACUAAAUCAUUCUUUGACAUUGAAACACUAUAGAAGGUUGAUGUAUUUUAGCACUAACAUCUGAAUCUCACCAAAUAUAUAUAUAUUUUUCUUUCAUAAAGGAGUCGAAAUCAAAAGACAAGAUAGUUUUAGAAGAAACAGAAAAUGGAAAGGAGAAGCCAGCCAAUGGGAACGCAGUAAGUUUUGUUUAAGCUCUUCUCAUAUUGUUUGCAUUAAAUGUGCUCAUCUGUGCAGAGAACUCAGAAUGUGUUCUGAUUAUUUGUAAAUCACAAGUGCCAUCACGGUCAUAUUAAUGUAUUGUAUUUGGCUCACCCUAUCUCUAAUUAAUGUAACUGGGUUUGACAUCUGCGGUGGAUUACAGGCCAUAUGCAAGUGUGAAUAUGAAAUGAAUAUAACAGAUCUGAUAUACUUUCCUUUCUACCUACUUGGUUAAGAUCCCAGGGCACAUGGAGUUAAGUGAAUUUGGCAGUGUUGAUUUGUCUAAAUCUGCUUUAUAGAACUAAAGGCUUGCCUGUUUUAAAGUGAUUCCUAUUUCUCAAUGUCCUUUUUUGUCUAAAUUUGGCUAGUCCCAAACCCUGUAUUGUGUGUGUACAGAGUUAAUUAUAAAUUGGCUGUACUGUCAUCUCAGCAGUAUAAUGUAAAUUUUGGCAUAGUGCUGUUUAACACUGUAAAAUACAGUAACAGAUUGUAUAAGUGUACCUUUACCUUGGAAUUGUUAACCUGUAUUGUUUGCAUCUCCCCAUGAACAAAUAGCAGGCAGUUGCAGGUGGCUUUGGCCAAAUGUAAUCUGCUCUCUGAUUCAACUGUGAAGAUAUUGAGAAAUCUCACUCGUAUAUAUCAGUCGAUUCUGAAAUAUUCUUUGCCUUGUAGAAAACAAAUGUAUAUUGCUGUUUAAAAGAACAAAGUAUGUUGUCAGGAGUUUUUUGUUUUUUGUUUUUUUGCUUGUAUGUAUUUUUUUUAACAAGUUUUUGCAUGCCUAACAAAACUUUUCCUCAUCUGCUCUUUUUAGGAAAAUGAAGAGAAUGGAGAACAAGAGGGUGAUAAUGAGGAAGAUGAAGAAGUUGAUGAAGAAGAUGAGGAGGAUGAAGUAGAAGGUAAAAAUGACAAAUAUAUAUUUUAUCUUAAUACGGGCAGCCUUUCUAUGUAAGAUAAUAAACCUGGUCUACAUGACCUUUCCUUGGCUUCUCUGGGCUGUCAGCCCAUGGAAUAGGCAGCCUGUUGCUCUCCAUUUUGUAAACUACAACUCACACGACCCUCUCCCAGCCAUACUUACAGCAAGAAGGCUGUUGAAAAAUCACUGGAGCUGUAGUUCAAAAAUAGAUGCUUAUCCUGCAUUGUGGCUGUCUAGAUCAAAUUAAAAGCCUAAUGUUUUGUUUGAUUUUUGUCAUACAUCAGACUGUUCUAUUUGCUCCUAAAAUGAUUGGUAACGCUGGUGGGCAGUGUUACUACAAUUCCAGUCCCUUAAUCUUAAAAUAAAUAAAUUAAAAUCAGUUGCCACUGUGCAUAUGUGACAGGUUUUCAAGUGGAUACAUCACUUCUCCAAAUACUUUGUGUAAGUAAAUAAGCACCUGAUUGAUCACUCAUUGAUCUUGUUAAGAGAUAUUGAAAACAUGCCACGUUCGAUCUAGCUAAGGUUCCCUGAACCCUGCAAAUCAUUACAAUAAAAGUGAAACCUAUCAUAAGAUGCUGUUGUGUCUGCAGGGGAUGAUGAUGAGGGUGAUGAAGAUGAUGAAGCAGAAGGACCCACAGGAAAAAGAGUGGCAGAAGAUGAUGAGGUGGGUAACUCAAGUGCAAAAGUAUAAGGUCUAGAUCUGAAAUCAUGUUAAGUGUGGAGUGCUAUAAUUCCAUGCUAACUCUGAUAUGUUACUCUAAAGAAAUAGCCAACAUAAAUGAUAAAUUGUAAAGGUUCAAAGAAUGGGGAAAAUUGCAGACACUUGCUAGAACACAUUUUUGCACUUCAAAGAUUAAUAGUAUGGAGUUUCAUUAAUAUCACUGAUAUGAUCUGGACUAGCCUAAUGUGGGAGCCACAGCCCACGAUUUGAGGGCAGGGAAAGUCUGGUGCUUCGUGGUACCAACCAUUCUGGAUUAUGUUUCAUACAACGACAGUUAUUAAAAUAACCAAAUAAAAUGGAAUCUAGGAGUGUAAAAACAAACCAUUUUAAUGGGUGACAGUUCAGUUAAGAAUUAGUCUAAUUUUUAAUUUCUCUGUAUGUCCUUAGGAUGAUGACGACGUUGAAACAAAGAAGCAGAAAACAGAUGAAGAUGACUAG